CCCGAUUCUCCAAAGAACUAAAAACCUCUAGGAAAGAAUAAUUUUGAGCCUCAGUUAUCUGUCAAUCAAGGAAAGUUGAUUAUCUCAACUGGUCCUCGUGCUGAGUGGAUUCUGGAGAGGCUAGCGGAUCAUACAAGAACGACACCACGCAGUCCACUCUUCAAGCUAGCUGUAAUAAUGCGCGCGACGUCCUCUUGUACUGCAUGUCGAUUACGCAAGAAGAAAUGCAUCAUCCCCGAGUGGGGACAGUCAUGCAAGCUGUGCGUGUCAAGGAGGCUAGAAUGCAAUCUAGCCAAGGUGCCUUCUGGAAGCGAUAGAGGAGCUCCUUUAGAUCACUUAGACGGCCUUAUCCCAAGUUGUCCGGGAGAACCAAGUGCGGAGCCUUCAAGUACGCUUUUAGAUGGAACAGGAGUUUCAUCGAGAGUGACCCAAGAUGGUUUACCGGCCACAGUCUGUGAUGACUUGGUUGAUCUCUAUUUUGAUUUGAUACACGACAAACAGCAUAUUCUCUUCCAUCGGGAUUCCUUUAUUGCUGAUCAGCGUGCGGGAAGGGCACCAUCGUUUCUGGUGUUAGGGAUGAUUGCGUUGGCAGCUCGGUUUUCGUCCAAUCCAUAUUUUCAGAAUACCCGUCCAUGGGAUAGAGCCAAAUCUUGGUAUCAAAAAGCGAUGAGCGCAUUUAACUCUCGUUCAGUUCUGAUUGAUAUACCGUCUUUGCAAGGGAGCGUCCUGUUGGGAUUCGUCGCAUUCGUGGAAGGAGACAAUGAUCAGGAUGCCUUGCUUUCUGCCCAAGCAAUUUGCAUGGUGCAAAUGUUGCGCUUACCAGUUUGCCUUAGCUCCGAUCCCAUACAGCGAGAAGUCGAGAUUCGAUUAUUCUGGCAAUGUUGGAUGAUGGAUGCGUGGCAUACAUCACGACUACAACUUCCCAGGCGCCUGAAUGAUUCGAAUUUCAAGAGACCCUUGGAAGAGUGUGCAUUUAAUGCAAUGCAGCCUGGUGAUCCGGCUAGUCACCUAUCUGAGGCGGACAUAGAAUCGCUGGGACUGCGGAAAUCCGGCCUUUGGAGCUCAAUGCUUGCUCUGACAGAGAUUCACAACCAAGUUGUCCUGCUUAAUGACCAGAUCGUCCAAAAAUCUAUUCCUUACCCCGCGGUUCGCAGACGUGUAGCAGAAUUGUCAAUCAAGUUGGACCUCUGGCUGGGAGAUCUACCAAGUCAUCUCCUUAAUACGGUUGAUAACCGUGAGAGCCAUGCUAAAUCCGGCCUUGGACGAGAGUUCGCCAUCCUACACCUGCUUUAUCAUCACCAAGCUCAACUUCUCUAUUACCAAUUCCUCAAUAAAGGGUCAACUAGCACUGGCGCGGAUAUCGACCAUGAAGCCGUUCAAUAUGCUGGACAAUGCAAAGCUCAUGCUGCAGCAUUAAGUAAAAUUAUGUGGGACACUAAUUCGACGCCUGGAAUGGAAUGCUUGUGGUCACCAGUCAAUGGACACCUUUUGGUUGUCUCAUCGUCCAUACAUCUUCACACACUCUUAUUCAGCAAUGACGACACAGAAAUCACCAAGGCAAGAAUGUUAUUAGAACAAAACUUCAUCAUUCUACUCCAUUUGCAGAAAUACUGGCCAUUCAUUGAAUUCUCUAUGUCGCGACUGCGGGCAUUUCAUCAAGUAUGUCAGAUGAAUGCUACGGAGAAGAACUUUGACAUGGAUCGCUGGAUGAUUAAAUUCUUAAACAGGUAUGGUUCUCGAGUUCAGGAUCGGUAUAGUGAAUUUGGACCAGAUCUAGACGAAAGCGAUCCAAUUGUAGGGACUCCUGCCGCUGCUGCACUGUGGAAAGAAAUAUCCGGAAGCGAGUUCCGUCAACUUCUCACAGAAUCUCAAUAGGUCUUCGGUCUCGACAUACUGUACAUGAGAAGUUUAUCCGAAAGGCUGCUUAAAUGGUCACAGCGCCCAAAGCUACGCCGGAAAGUGCGAAGGACUGA